AUGAGAAAUGCCCUCAACCACCUCGCCGACACCGUCACUGACAAGGAAGUGCAACCGAGAUUCGAAAAUGAAAUGGACUCGUUCUUCGCGUUGUUUAGACGCUACCUCGUCGAUAAGGCCUCGGGUAACAGCGUUGACUGGGACAAGAUCAAGUCGCCUCUGGCCGACGAAGUUGUCAAGUACUCGCAAUUGGAGUCGCUGGCCGAUGACUCGGAAAACCUCGCUAAGCUUGCCGUCCUUAAGCUUAACGGUGGGUUGGGUACCCUGAUGGGUUGUGUUGGUCCAAAGUCAGUGAUUGAAGUUAGAGACGGUAACACCUUUUUGGACUUGCUGGUGAGACAAAUUGAACACCUCAACCGUAAAUACGAUGCCGACGUGCCGUUGUUGUUGAUGAACUCGUUCAACACCGACGCCGACACCGCCAAGAUCAUCAAGAAGUACCAAGGCCACCGGAUCCGUGUUAAGACCUUCAACCAAUCGCGUUUCCCCAGAAUUUACAAGGAUUCGUUGUUGCCGGUACCACAAUCGUUCGAUGACGAAUUGGACUCGUGGUACCCCCCUGGUCACGGUGAUUUGUUUGAGUCAUUAGUUCACCUGGGUGAAUUGGACGCGUUGCUUGCUCAAGGUCGUGAAAUUUUGUUCGUCUCUAACGGUGACAACUUGGGUGCUACCGUUGACACCAAGAUUUUGAACCACAUGCUCGAAACUGGCGCCGAGUAUAUCAUGGAACUCACCGAUAAGACUCGUGCCGAUGUGAAGGGUGGUACUUUGAUCAACUACAACGGUGAAGUGCGGCUUUUGGAAAUUGCCCAAGUUCCCAAGGAACACGUCGAAGACUUUAAGCUGAUCAAGAAGUUCAAGUACUUCAACACCAAUAACUUGUGGAUCAACUUGCGUGCUAUUAAGCGUUUAGUCGAACAAAACGCCAUUGAAAGCGAAAUCAUCCCCAACCAAAAGACUAUUGUCCGCGGCAAGGAUGAGAUCUCUGUUUUGCAAUUGGAAACUGCUGUGGGUGCUGCCAUUCGCCACUUUGAAGGUGCUCACGGGGUUGUGGUACCUCGUUCGAGAUUCUUGCCUGUGAAAACCUGCUCGGAUUUGUUGUUGGUGAAGUCUGACUUGUUCUAUCUCGAACAUGGUGCUCUUAAAUUGGACCCCGUUCGUGAAGGCUACGCUAACCCCCUUAUCAAGUUGGGCUCCGAUUUCAAGAAGGUUCUGAACUUCCAACACCACAUCCCCCACAUGCCUAAGAUUCUUGAGUUGGACCACUUGACCAUCACCGGUAACGUUAACAUUGGCCGGAACGUUACCCUCAAGGGUACCGUUAUCAUUGUUUGUAACGAUGGUCAACGUAUUGAUGUUCCCAAUGGGUCGGUUCUUGAGAAUGUUGUGGUUACUGGUAACUUGACCAUUCUUGAGCACUGA